CAAACCUCAGAAGACCAUGAACGUCAAUACCAACAUCAAAGUCCUCAGCAGAUCACUCCACAGCUCCUCUCCCUGCAACACUCUCAUCCCACCCUUCACAUCUCUCCAAUGCGGAGCCAUUCUACAGUCCCUCACCAACACCAAGUCCCUCUCCCAAGGCCACAAGCUCCACGCCCUCAUGUCCACCUCCGGCACCCUCCUCCACAACACCUACCUCUCCACCAAACUCGCCGCUUUCUACGCCUCCUGCGCCCAAAUGCCCCAUGCCCUCCUCAUCUUCCACUCCCUUCCUUUCAAAACCUCCUUCCUCUGGAACUUCAUGAUCAGAGGCCAUGCCUGUAAUGGAGUACGACUUGAUGCCAUCGCGUUGUAUCGCCAAAUGAUUGGGUUUCGUUUGAAGGCUGACAAUUUCACCUACCCUUUUGUUCUCAAAGCCUGCGGCGAUUUGCUGGCUGUGGAGAUUGGGAGGAGAGUUCAUUCCGAGGUGGUGGUGAGCGGGUUCGAGACAAAUCUGUAUGUUGGAAAUGCUCUUCUUGCGAUGUAUAUGAAGUUUGGGGACUCGGGGUAUGCGUGUAAGGUGUUUGACAGAAUGCGUGAGAGGGAUUUGACUUGCUGGAACACGAUGGUUUCGGGUUAUGUGAGGAAUGGUGAGCCGAGGGAGGCGUUGGCGGUGUUUGAGAGGAUGGGGAGGGUGGGAGUGAGGGCGGAUGGGACGACGUUGUUGGGAGUGGCCUCGGCUUGUGGUGAGUUGGUGGCGUUGAGGGAGGGGAAGGCGGUUCAUGCGCGUGUGGUGAGGGAUGGUGGGGAGGUGUGGAAUGAGUUUUUGGUGAAUGCGCUUAUUGAGAUGUAUUGCAAGGGGAAAUGUGUGGUGUAUGCGAGGAGGUUGUUUGAUGGGGUGGAGGUGAAGGAUAAUGUUUCGUGGAAUUCAAUGAUUAGGGGGUAUGAGAGGAAUGGCGAUGUGUUUGAGAGUUUGAGGCUUUUCUGUAGGAUGGUUGUGGAGGGUGUAGAGGAUGAUGAAGUGACGAUUGUGAGUGUGCUUACUAGUUGUGAUCAGAUCAGUGCGUUGCAGUUUGGCAUGUCUGUUCAUUCGUACCUUGUUAGGAAAGGGUUUGGUGCAAAUGUGGUAGUGGGGACUGCUCUAUUAGAUAUGUAUUCUAAGUGCGGGAGUUUGUCUUGUUCGCGUCGUUUUUUUGAUGACAUGCCUAGAAAAAAUUUGGUAUCUUGGAGUGCCAUGAUAUCAGGAUAUGGAGCUCAUGGGAGGGGAGAAGAGGCUCUAUCUUGCUAUCAUGAACUCAUAGCAAACAAAUUUACUCCUGAUGAGGGGCUUCUUACUUCAGUUUUGGCAGCGUGUAGCCAUGCAGGCCUAGUCAAUGAGGGUAAGGAUAUGUUCAAUAGAAUGACCAGAGAACAUAAAGUGAAGCCAACAGUUGCUCACUAUUCAUGUCUGGUCGAUCUUCUCGGCAGAGCAGGGCGCUUAGAUGAAGCAUAUGAACUCAUUCAGACUAUGGAAGUAGAACCCAGCAGUGAUAUAUGGGCUGCACUUCUUUCUGCCUGCAGGCUACAUCCAAAUGUCAAGUUGGCAGAGAUUUCAGCGCAUAAGAUUUUCCAAAUGAACCCUAAAGGAGUGGGUAGUUACAUUUGUCUUUCCAAUAUCUAUGCCGCUGAGAAGCGAUGGGAUGAUGUGGAAAGAGUGAGAGCCAUGGUGAGAAAGAAGGGACUGAAGAAACCACCUGGCUGCACUUUUGUGGAGUUAGACCGGAUGGUUCAUCGGUUUUUAGUCGGUGAUAAGUCGCAUCCACAAACAGAAGAUAUUUAUGCCAAGAUAAAAGACUUGAACCUGCAACUCAGGGAGGUUGGGUACAAGCCUGAUACCUCUUCUGUACUGUAUGAUGUAGGAGAGGAAGUAAAGGAGAAGAUGCUUUGGGAUCAUAGUGAGAGAUUGGCAAUUGCAUUUGCCCUUAUUAACACAAGACCUGGGACCACGAUCAGGAUCACCAAGAAUCUUCGUGUCUGUGUUGAUUGCCACACAGUAACGAAAAUGAUAUCUAAGUUGGCAACUCGAGAGAUUAUAAUGCGUGAUAACCAUAGGUUCCACCAUUUCCGAGAUGGACUUUGCUCCUGUGGUGAUUACUGGUGA